AUGUCUGGAAUAAAUCCUGGCUUGACUACACGCAAUAUGCUUGACGCUGGUGCAUCAUCUGCCACCAAAAACACAGAUCUCACAGAUGGGAUUUUUGAGGAUGCUAGCAGUGAUAUCAAAAGCAAAGAACAAGGCCCCGUACUUACUAGCGGCGUGCAAGGCGGGAUGCUUGAUGCGAUGACCGGUUCGACCGGCUCUUUAGGCUACGAUGCCAAACAUCAGACUGGACUAUCCAAUAUUGGAGGUUCUUCAAACAGCAGUAACGGCACGGGUCCGUUGGGAAGCGCUGUCGAGGAUGCUCGCAAGAAGACCCAGAGUGCAACAGAUACUGCCAGCCAGUAUCUUAAAGGCUCAGCAAACCAGGCUGCCGCAAGCGGUAAUAAUGCAACUAGUGCCAUUGGUUCGAGCGCUCGAAGUACCACGGACAACGCCUCGCAAACUCAGGGUACAUUGCUAGACACAGUCAAAGAUAAGAUCGGUGUCAUCUUCCAUGGCAGUGGUAAAACUCAGGAAGAAAAUACAUUUGCUGCAGGUGCAUCAGGCGCCACCAAGAGCACCGAUCUGAGUGAUGGUAUUCAUGAGGAUGCUGCACGGGGAAUCGAGAGUAUCAAAGGGGUUACAACACGUCAGAAUUAG